AUGGCCAACAACAAGGUACCUCUGACCCGGGAAGUCCUGCUCGUGGUCCUGUCCGACCUCGCCGCCCGUCUGCUCGUCAUGUUCGGGCGAACCGUUACCCUCGCCGUACACGGUGGUUGUGUGAUGGUCCUCCACCCCUACCUGCAAGGUACCCGUCGGUCGACGCAGGACGUCGACUACAUCCACCGCACCUUCGCCAGCGAGUGGGCACACUUGCCCGACGCCACACAGCGCCUCAAGCUGUGCAUCGCGGCCACUGCGCAAAGCUAUAACCUCGGGCCGGAUUGGAUGAAUUCUGAUCCCGAUGUCGCGUUACCGGUUCAGGUCGAGUACGUCUGCGAUCUCGUCACCCGACGACGACUGCUGACCGAGAGCGUUAUCCGUGCUGCGAACCGUAGCAUGUAUGGUCGGCCAUGCGAAACUGUCGGUUACCACACGAAAGCGCCCGGGAUGAAAGAGACGAUGACCGUGUUCGCGGCCCCUGGGCUCCGUCUCAUCGCCGUCCCUUGGCUCUGGGCCAUCGCGCUCAAACUCGUGCGCUAUCAAAAAAACGACCCGGCUGACAUUGCCGCCAUAUUGCGCAUGGCGAAGGUGCGGCUCCCGCACCUCCAAGUCACGCCCCAGCUCCUGCAAUCCUACCUCCUGCGAUAUUGCCAACCCAUGUACCAGCCGUAUAUGCACAUGCCGUCGCAUAUGCAGGCAUGGGCCGCGCGUAUAGAGGACGCGCUCGGGCGCGCUGCGCGGCCGCAGAUCUACUGGUGA